AUGGCCGUGCUACCACUCACUGUCCGUCCUAUUCGACCUCCUCCUGGGUCCGAUAUAGAUUUCGGUGCUGAGAUCCACGGCGUUGAUUUGGAAAAUCUAACUGAUGAGCAAUUUGCCACCAUCCGCAAGGCCCUCUACGAACACCACGUUGUGGUAUUCAAACACCAGAAAGGGCUAUCGCCAAGGGCUCAAUAUGAGCUGACCAAGCGCUUCGAUCCUGUCUCAGAGAGCUAUGGACAUGGCAAGACUAUUGAUGCCAAGCGAAGCAUUCUCCAUCCAGAUCUCAAAACUGUUCCUCACCAGCCCCAAGUGCAGGUGAUCGGGAAUGGACAUGUGGAAUCGUACGAAGGUCUGAAAGAUAUCCAAUUGCGACACCCUCAUCACCGGACAUUCCACCAAGAUCACAUUCCAGAUGACAAAGACUAUGAUUUCACCCGAUUCUAUCGCUGGCAUAUUGACGCUGCGCUAUAUGACCUCUACCCGCCCCAGGUGACAACGCUUAUGGCAGUAAGUGUUCCCAAGGGCCGCCGUCAGACAUUAUUGUAUGAUGAUGGAACCGGGGAAACAAUGGACGUGCCCCUGGGGACAACGGCGUUUGUGAGUGGAGAGCGGAUGUUCGAUCUUCUUUCGCCCGAGGAUAAGGAGUUUGUGAAGACAAGCAAAAUAGAAUAUGCCCCUCACCCAUACAUCUGGAUGAGCCAAGCACAUUCUCGAUCCACUGGCCUCGGUUUGCACUCACAAGGCUUGGAGUUGCCGGACUCAGAACUGCCGCCCAUCGACCCCAGCAAGAUCAUGGUCUUUCCGAUGACGUGGAAAAACCCAGUGACAGGCAAGCUGGCACUGCAAAUCCACCCAUCUGCCGUGCGUCGUAUCCAUUGUGCCGAUGGAACCACGAUCGACGAUCUAGCCCGUGUGCGGGACAUCGUCUACAAGUUGCAGCGGCCAGCCAUCAGUCCCCAGUAUGUGUAUCCUCAUGACUGGGAGGAUAAUGACUUGGUAUUGUUCAACAACCGCGGGGUCCUGCAUUCUGUGGUUGGCGCAUUCAAACCUAACGAGGUUCGGUUAUUCCGUCAAUGUAACUUGGCCGCUUCGGAGCCACCCGUGGGCCCUUGA